CAUGUGCUUCUUGGGCCACAAUCCAGUAGUGGAGAUAUCGAGGGAACCACCAAAAGGCAGGGGCCAGAUUUCGUGUGCAUCAUCAUCUUUACCUACUCGCCUUCUCCCCAAGUUAUUGCGAUUGCCGGCUGCGAUCGAUCUGAGCUGAGUUUCGCCUGAGGAUCGGUCACUAGUAAGAUAUUUUUUUUUCCGGAGAUGAAGAUAUUUGUGAAAACUCUCAAGGGGACUCACUUCGAGAUCGAAGUAAAACCGGAGGAUUCGGUUGCUGAUGUGAAGAAGAACAUAGAGACUGUGCAGGGAGCAGACGUGUAUCCUGCUGCGAAACUGAUGCUUAUUCACCAAGGGAAAGUGCUUAAAGAUGAGACCACCAUUGAGGAGAACAAGGUCGCUGAGAACAGUUUCAUUGUCAUUAUGAUGGCCAAGAGUAAACCUUCCUCAUCUGGAUCGUCUAGUGCAUCUUCUGGUCCUACAGUGCAGGCUAAGUCGAUGCCUACCUCAUCAACACAGCCUCCAGCUUCUGUAGCAAUACCAGCUGCAACUGCACCGGCGCCUGUAGCUGCCACUGAAACUGCACCUGCACCUGCACCUGCACCUGAAUCUGUUUCUACUACUCCACCAGCAAGCACUCUUGCACCCGAAUCAACUCCUGCAGGGUCUCAGGGUGAUGUGUACGGACAAGCAGCAUCGAACUUGGCCGCUGGAAGUAAUUUAGAGAGUACCAUUCUGCAGAUUCUGGACAUGGGUGGAGGAGCCUGGGAUCGGGACACUGUCGUCCGUGCACUCCGUGCUGCAUUUAACAACCCUGAAAGAGCUGUGGAAUAUCUUUACUCUGGGAUCCCCGAGCAAGCCGAAGUUCCACCAGUUGCUCGUGCUCCAGCAAGUGGUGGGCAGCCAGCAAAUCCCCCAGCACAGGCUCAGCAACCUGCAGCGGCACCUGCUACUGGUCCUAAUGCAAACCCGUUAGAUCUCUUCCCACAGGGGUUGCCAAAUGUUGGGGCAAACCCUGGUGGUGGAACACUUGACUUCCUGCGCAACAGCCAACAGUUCCAAGCUCUGCGAGCAAUGGUGCAAGCAAACCCUCAAGUUCUGCAGCCUAUGCUUCAGGAACUGGGAAAGCAAAACCCAAACUUGAUGCGGUUGAUUCAAGAACAUCAAGCUGAUUUCUUACGUUUGAUCAAUGAACCCGUUGAAGGAGGGGCAGAAGGCGCCAACCUCUUCGGCGAAGGAAUGCCACAGCCACAGGCGAUUCAGGUCACACCUGAGGAACGGGAUGCAAUUGAAAGGCUGGAAGCGAUGGGAUUUGAGAGAGCAUUGGUGUUGGAAGUGUUCUUUGCGUGCAACAAGAACGAAGAGUUGGCUGCAAACUAUCUUCUUGAUCACAUGCAUGAGUUUGAGGAAUAAGCUUUUUAUUAUAAAAAUACCCUUGUUCUUCUCUCUGUCUCUUCUCAUUGGUUCAUAUGUUUUACUUAUAUAUUGUGGGGAUUGCCAAGUUCGACCUUCGUUACUCGUCCGUGGUCAUGGAUUCUCUCAGUUGUCAGUUUAAAAUGGAGUUUAUCAUUCUGCUCUUUGUAUUGUCGUUGAUCGUAUCUAGUCGUUGCAAAAUCUCAUGUUCCUGUUA